UGGGUUUUUUUUCCCCGUCCGGCGACAACAUGCUCCUCAUCUGAGAAAUGUCCCGUCGGUGGUCGUAGACUCUUAAUUUAUGAAGGCGGUUUGUAGCAUCGCUGCUGAAUUCAUCAAAUCCAGAGGAGCUCACGCUUCGGCUCGUCCACUCGGAGCAGAGAUGUGUAAAGAGCUCAAGACCAAAGUGCUGCGUCUGUCGCCGUCGACCUCCAAUGGGCCGGCAGUCCAGCAGCAGGGCCACACAGCUGGUGCUGAAAUCCUGACUUGCACGGCGAAGGCUCUGAAAGAGGGUCACGUUGUUGGCGUGCCCACGGACACCAUCUACGGUCUGGCGUGUCUGGCCCAAAACUCGGAAGCUGUCAGAAGGAUCUACGACAUAAAAGGGAGAAACGGACAGAAACCGCUGGCGAUUUGUGUUGGAGAAAUUCAGGAUAUUUAUAAGUACUGUAAGGUGAAGGUGAAGGAAGAGCUGCUGGGUGACCUACUUCCUGGUCCCGUCACUCUGGUGUUCGAGAGGUCUGAAGCGCUCAACACAGAUCUGAACCCCUUUACUUCACUUGUAGGCGUGCGUAUCCCGGAUCACGCCUUCAUGAGGCAGCUUUGUCAGACGUGUGGGGAACCACUCGCACUGACCAGCGCCAACAUCAGCUCACACACCAGCACCGUGGAAGCACACGAGUUCCAGGAGCUCUGGCCCAGCCUGGCUGUGGUGGUGGACGGUGGACCAAUAGGACAGCAGAGCCGCCUCGGAUCAACGGUGGUCGACCUGUCAGUGCUCGACAAAUAUCGCAUCAUAAGACCUGGCUGUGCCUUUUCUGCUACGGUCGAUGUGCUGGAGCGCAAAUACGGACUGUCAGAAGACUCGGGGCAAGAAUGACCUCUGAACUCUCCACACUUCAAAAAAAACAAAAUGCUGAGACGCACAACCUUUUGGCUUUGACUCAGGACGAGACGAAUACUUUGUGAAUCUGUCUUUACUACGAACGACUAGAACUCAGGAAGGAGUCGAGUCGAUGGACGAUGUCGGUCUGGGGGCUGCUUUACGGUCUACUUUGUCUUUGGAUGACUGUAUUUUAUGCUCUAUUAUGCAUCUUUCAUGGGACUCUGUGGGAGUUUAAGUUGUCAUAGCUGUCAUUUAUUCAGAAACACCAAACAAGGGAGGUUAUGUAGUGUUCCUAAAGCAACAACUGAAAAAAAGAGUGUAACGGUUAAGACAUUGAGUGAGCACUUAAUUUAAUUAAUCUGUCCUAACAAAGGGGUGGGAGUUUUCAGGUCAUUUUUUUAAAUUUUACUCAAACUAUUUUUUAGGAAACCCCCCAUAUUUAUUCAGCGUGACGCUUGCAGGACAGUUUCAAUCGACUACAUUAGAUGUUGGAAAACACUGUAAUGUAUCAGAGUUGUUUUGGUUUAUGUGGAUCUAAUGUAAUCUGCCCACUUGCACGAGUGUUUUUUAAUCUUCAGUGCCUGAUGUAACCUUAAAUGGAUGUAUAACUUCUGUACAGCCAAAAUUAAAGUUGUUUUUUUUUCCAGUA